AAAGUUCUCAUUUCGGUAAGAUGUAAUAGUUGUUUUUCUUAGGAAGAAAAAAUAAUUUCCUGUUACGUUAACCCGCUCAUCCAUAGAUUGCGCUUAUUAAAUUAUUCGCGACAGUAAUAAAUUUUGUUUCAUUAUUGUGCAAAUUAAAUGAUGAUAGUGCUUGGUAUUUCAAGUAGGCAUUAUUUUUGAAAAGCUAGCGUAUCGAACACUUAUAGUUAGGGUAAUACCUUUCAUGGUUCUUUGUACUUUUGUUGAAAUGAAAGAUAAGUAAAUAUAAAAUGUUACUGUUUGCAUUGAAAAAAUGUGCAUUUCGAGUACGAAUGUGUCAACUAGUCACACAUAGUAUGUGUAACGAAAAUUUCACGAAAAUGAGAGGAUUACAUUAUUGGGGAGGACUGAAAUGCAUGUAUUUAAAAAAUUCGAAUCUUAUCGUUUAUAAACAAUUUUCAAACGUUUCUACUAACGCGGCAAGUGAAAAAAUUCCCAUUCCACGAUUAAUGUGGUGUUCAUCUGCUGAAUUUACACUAUUUGCAAUAUUUCUUUUCUACGCACCUAUCCGUUUACAUAUUGAUCCAAGCUUUAGAGUGUUUGAAUUUCUACAGGGUGCAGGCCAGGCGAUAACUGUAAUAUCUAAUGCAUUAGCUACCCAAAAUUAUGAUGUACUAGAAAAGAUGGUACAAGAAAGAACUCUUAAACUUUUAAAACGCAGAGUUGAUCUCUUAUCAGAGCAGCAACGAAAAUUGCUGGCUAUAGAUAUCAGUAAGAACUAUCCUAUUCCAGCUUUCUUUAUUUAUGAUGUAAAUACACGAGAGAGUAAAGAUGAAAGUGAAAAAAUUCUAGAUAUCACAGUAGCAGGAUGGCAAAAAAGAAAUGAUUACAUAGAAGAUAAAAUACGUAUGCUUGAGGAAGGACCAAUUAAACAUAUUGGCAGAAAUACAUUAACUUAUAUAUAUGUGUUUCGAAGAAAAUACAUAAAUGGUACUGGAGGGCCAUGGAUGGCAAAACUAAUUAGCUAUGGAAAUAUGAACACAUAUUUGCAACAUCGUCUCUAGUAAAAAAAUUACUCGGUGAAAGAAAUUCUUUAGUCUGCUUUUAUAAUGUCACAGAAGAUGCCAAAUAAAAUGUGUGUAAAUGUUAAAGAUCAA